AUGUUCGUUCGGCUUAUACCGCCACGCCUACAGUGCCGCCAGCGUGCGACUGUCCGCGCGGUACUCGGAUGCGCAAUUGCCUUGGCCAUCUGCGUUGGCAGAGUGACUGCGACUGCGACUGCGACUGCGACUGCGGAUGAGACUGCCCUGCCAGAUUCCUCAACCCUGGCCUCCAGAAGUCAUGGCCAAUUCCUCUUCGGUGAGGCUAGUCCGGAAUUCGCUUUCCCACUCGCAGAAUACAACGGUUUGGAGUUCGAAGAUGCGGUAGACGAAGAGGGAGAUACGCGCGGACUCGACUUGGUUCGCCGGGCUCCCACCGGGGUGACAUCUCUCGGAAACAAUCAGUAUCAGAAUGGCACUCUCAAGAUGGGCGAGACGGAGUGGUGGUAUUUCCCCGUGAAUGGCGAUGAGACGAACAGCACCUCUGAGAAUAAGCGUCGCGAUCUUUCCAAGCGUUCCACCACCGUUUAUUUGUCCCUCACGGCAUGCUCGAAGCCCAGCCACAACAACUCGGAUUCCACUAUCACAGCGGCUGUACCGCAGCUGACAGUCUACGCAUCUGAUUCGAUAGAGAAGCCUGGGCCUGACAAGUCCGAGUCCGACCAGACAAUCAAAUCAGCGGAGGAGGGCUAUGUGGGCAUGACCCUUACGGCGAAUGGUGAUGUCUAUGUCGGAGUGACGGCUCCCAAUAGCACUGAAUAUUCUGGCUCUUUCACCUACCAGAUUGCGGCCUCGACAGAUGCUUAUUUUCAUAGCGUCGACGAGAGUGAUCAAUUCAUGUUCUUAGUUGAUUCGGACACUGGAGCAGCGCUUCUGACGACGAGAAAUCUCACCACCACCGAUCUUACGUCACAGAACUACAGUUUCUGGAUGGACAGGACUCCUCCAUACACAAUGUUCGCCAACAACAUCAACAGUUCGUCUAUCUCUGGCUUAGAACGGUCAUUCUGCGCUCUCGAUGCGCUGGCGCAGAUUGGGAAGAGCAAAGUUGAGGCGAGCCUCACCACCCGGGGUGCAGUAGACAGGCCAACCGAGCAGUUCUAUGUCACCGGUCUCAACAAAACCUCCACCUACUACGGAAUCAUGGCCCGUGAGGGCAAUUCCACCAGUUGGGGCAAUGGAAUCGUGGGAGGUGGAGGUAAAGUAUGGCCACGCAUGAACUUUACAACCAAAACAGAUGACAACUGUGCCGUUGUAUACGACCUGCCAUUCUGCUCCGAAGUCGCCUACGCAGUGCCAUCCAACCCCUCCAUCAACAUGACCGAACUCCGCAGUAUCUACGACGACAACGCAGCAUCCCUAUACAAGAACUUCAACUACUCCCUUCAACAAGUCCAAUGCAAUACUUCCAGCGAGAGCAUGUUCUCCCUCGCUGUAUCCUGCGACACCUGCGCCGAAGCAUACAAGCAAUGGCUCUGCGCCGUGACAAUCCCCCGAUGCGCAGACUUCUCCAGCAACGCCACCUACCUUCAGAUCCGGAAUGCAGGCCAGCCCUUCCUCAACGGCACCUCGAUCACCAACUCCUCCCUCCUCAAAAGCCCCGCUACCAACAACUCACGUAACCCCCUCAUCGACAGCAAAAUCCGCCCCGGUCCAUACAAGGAAGUUCUCCCCUGCCAGGGCGUCUGCCAUAGCCUUGUCCGAAAUUGUCCUUCGAUUUUAGGCUUCAGCUGUCCGGAAGGCCCGCGGGCGAAUAUGUCGUACGGCACACGCGACCCUAAUGGUGACAUCACGUGCAGUUAUCUUGGAGCAGCGUAUUAUCUUAAUGCUGUUUCCAGUUUGCAUGAGAGCAUCUGGAUCUCCCUCUAUUUGGUGAUAAGUGUUUGGACUUUGUUCUGGGUUCUUGGGUAG